UAGUUGACAUGAACAGCGAGGAGACGGUCACGACUGAUUCGCAACCUGCUGCCCCACUAUCGGACUCCAUACGGAUCACAAGACAAGGCAAAAUCAAAAACUGGGUCAAGCACGGCCUGGACUUUUUCCAGAACAAUCCUGACAAGCCACUGACGCUGCAAACUUCUCCAGUCAAUGUUAGCCAAUCUACCAUCCCUCGGUUGAUUUCAGUCGUGGAAAUCCUAAAGCGCGAAUAUCUGAAAACCUUGGACAUAUCCUCCGGACAGCUGACUGGGUUGCAUCAGUACAAUGAACUACAAUGGGAGCAACGCGACGAGAUCCCUACUGAAGGGGAAGAUCGGGCGAGUACCAUAGCAAGAGCUUUGGAAGGUAAAAACCAUCCUAAACUCACGCUUGCGCCUUACAUGAAAGUCACGCUCUGCACAAAGGCUCUUGCAGAGAUGAAUGAGAAGAAAGACGUUACAUACCAGACACCACAGACACGAAAGCUGUCUAAGGCUGCAAAGGCGAGAUUAAAGAAACAAGCAAAGGCGCCAACCGCUCUACCGUAGUUGAUUUUCCUAUAAAUUUGUACCAAAAAUCAAGUUUGUGUUGAAAUUCCCAGGUUUCGUUCAGUUUU